CAAAGUAAACAUCGCCAAUAUCGAUAAGUUAUCAACAAUCCUGUUCCGCACGCUUGUGAAUGUAUAAAAAUUGCUGAAAUUUCGUGGGAAUUAGAUAUAAAAAUUAGCACCAGACGAGCACGAACGUCAGUUCGCGUCGCAGCGACGAAGAAAAAAAUUGAAGUGGUUAUUGUUGGAGCAAAAUUAAACGGAAUUUCGAGCUGUGAAAAUUGAAAGCAAAAGCAAAUCGAGAAAAGUUACACUUAAAAGAGAAUGAGCACAACACCGGCCAGUCUCAUUGAGGCGGCUAUAACUGUGAGCAGCGUCGCUGCUGUUGCUGCUGCUGCGACAGGUAACGAAAGUGCUGCUGCAUCGACGACCCUGAAACCGAAUACGAACUACGUUGUUAAAAUGGGCGUAGCAUCGGAGCCAUUGGAUCCCCUGCUUCAUGUGGGCGAUGGCAUAUUCCUGCAAACUAAAACAGCUCAGGUGCUGGCGGGCGUAUUUGUUUGGGCUGCGUUGUUUGUCACAUGUCAACAGAUCUAUCAGCAUUUACGUUGGUACACCAAUCCACAGGAGCAGCGCUGGAUAGUUCGCAUACUGUUCAUUGUGCCCAUCUACGCCACCUACUCAUGGAUAAGUCUGCUAUUCUUCAACUCCGACAACGUUUACAUUUACUUCUUUACGGUGCGCGAUUGUUAUGAAGCCUUCGUGAUUUACAACUUUCUGUCUCUAUGCUAUGAGUAUCUAGGCGGUGAGGGUAACAUCAUGUCCGAGAUACGUGGCAAGCCCAUAAAGACCUCCUGCUUGUAUGGCACAUGCUGUUUGAAGGGCAAGACAUACACCAUUGGCUUUUUGCGCUUCUGCAAGCAGGCCACGUUGCAGUUCUGCUUGGUUAAGCCACUGGUGGCAUUUAUAAUCAUCUUUCUGCAGGCCUUUGGACAUUAUCAUGAUGGUGAUUGGAGUGCUGAUGGCGGCUACAUUUACAUAACCAUCAUCUAUAACAUUUCCGUUUCGCUGGCCUUGUAUGGUCUAUAUCUGUUUUACUUUGCCACACGCGAUUUGUUGACACCAUUUGAGCCCGUCUUGAAAUUCUGCACCAUCAAGUCAGUCAUCUUCUUGUCAUUUUGGCAGGGCGUGGGUCUGGCCAUACUUGAGAAGGCGCAGGUCAUAUCGCCCAUUGUGGACAGUGCUGGCACUGUCACCUCGGCUGGUACGGUUUCCGCUGGCUAUCAAAACUUUUUCAUAUGCAUUGAAAUGCUGUUUGCUGCCAUUGCGCUGCGAUAUGCUUUUCCCUAUCAGGUCUAUGCACGCAGCUGCAUUGGCGAUGGCCACGGACGCUCUGUCACUAUGCAAUCUAUUUCCAGCAGUCUCAAGGAAACCAUGAAUCCCAAGGAUAUUAUGACAGAUGCUAUACACAAUUUCCAUCCGCAAUAUCAACAAUACACACAGUAUAGUUCAGAAGUAACCUCAACUCAGCGUUACGAAAAGCUCUAAAAAUGUUUAAAACAAAUUUAAAAUAAAAACAAAUUCAAAACUCUAGCGAUGCCCGCUACUAAACACUCUAACUAUAAUUCCAAAACAAAAGGAGGGAAAUAAUAACAAUACAAAAAUAAUUAUAAAGAAAAAAAAGACAAACAAAAACAAGCAGUUUAAAGACAAAUCAAGUGUACUUAAACCUAACAAUUGACACCACAGUUGCCUUUUGUUGCCGCUUAAGAAUAAUUUAAAAAAAGAUUAUGAACUAAAUACUUAUUAGGCCUAGUUACUUACUGAAAGCGCGCACUCGAAAAACCCGAUUACCACAAAAUUGCUUAGAGCUGCCUUAGUACUUUAUGUAACUGAAUGAUGUACUCUGAAACACUUCACAUUACCUUGUUUAACGUUCCCUCUUCUGCUGAUUUGUGUGUAUUUUUUUUAUAUAUUAUGUUUACGUUUACGAUUUAAGCCUUUUAUCAACUUAUUUAAAUGUUAGCGUUUUAUUCUACAUACACUAUAUAUAAAUUGAUAAUAUUGUAUAAUAU